ACGUGAUUGGAAUAGCAACGAGUGUCACGCGUCGAGAAAAGCCUGGGUCAACUCACGAGGUGACUUUUACUUUCGCAUGAGCGCAAAGACGAUACCGCAAGUUGCGAGUUAAGGCGACCAACAAACCAAGUCGGCGAACAUCUGCUCGAUGGAAUCUGAAUUAGGUCUUAAGACGACUAACGAAUUCAUAACGAAUCUCCUGCUUUCACCUAUUCGCAAUCUAUACGAAUAAAAUUAUCGCUCGCAAAAUGGAAACCGAAAUUCAAUGGGAUGGCUGCCCCCGUGAAUAUGGAAUUGGAAGAAUUUCGCGAGAGCAUUGAUAUCCGGCAACCUUGUUUGCAGGACUCUCUUGAAUACAUUCAACCUGCAAGACGUGCUGUGUAUCUAUAAUUAUCAAAUUUCAAAAACUCCGAAGGAGAGAUAAAAUAACGUUAUCAAUUUAAUUAUUGGCAAAUACGACCCUGACAAUUCUGAAUGUAAUAAUUAGAUGACACACGUGACUUACUUACUUACUGGUUCAAUAAACGUACAAUCUAUGAAUUACUCAGCUUAUUAACCGAUAUAAAGCAGACGAUUUACCCGAUCGUUCGAUCAUUCUUGAGGAGUACGUCAACGUCGCAUGAAGUAAUCAUGGAAAAGCAGGUCUUUGCGAUAAUUAUCGCUGCGAGUAUCACAGCAUUAAUUCCGACCUCCGAGGCUGCAGCAUAUAACUGUACGACGUACGGCAGAUAUGCUAUAACUACGGAUACAACUUGUCAGUCUUAUUACUUGUGCUUUCCUGAAGACGAUGGGACCUACACCGUUUACAAUGAAACUUGCCCAACGACGACGCUCUUCGAUCCAACAACAGCGAAUUGCGUUAACUCGACUUCUUAUACCUGUACAAACGGAGAAGAUACGACGACAACUGAGGCAACAGAAACUACCACAACAGCAGCAUACGACUGCACUACGUAUGGCAGAUAUGCUAUAACUACGGACACAACUUGCCAGUCUUAUUAUUUGUGCUUUCCUGAAGACGACGGGACCUACACCCGGUACAAUGAAACUUGCCCAACGACAACGGUGUUCGAUCCAACAAUUUCGAAGUGCGUUAACUCGAGUGCCUAUACCUGCACCAACGAGGCAACUACCACUGAUGCUACGACUACCACAGAUUCUGCAACUACCACGGAGUCUACAACUACCACCGAUGCUGCGACUACCACCGAAGCUGCAACCACUACCGUAGCUGCAACCACCACCGAAGCUGCAACCACCACCGAAGCUGCAACCACCACCGAAGCUGCAACCACCACCGAAGCUGCAUCCACCACCGAAGCUGCAACCACCACCGAAGCUGCAACUACUACAAUAUUUUCCUGCACUGCAUAUGGUAGAUAUGCGAUAACUACGGACACAACGUGUAAAACAUAUUAUUUUUGCACCCUGAAUAGCGACGGAAGUUUCACCAUGGAAGAAUUCACUUGUCCAACAACAACGGUGUUUAAUCCAAAAACAUCAAAGUGCGUUGCACCGACUGCGUAUACCUGUACAAAUUAAACUAAGAACAUUCAUGGGGAUCACUUAAAAAUAUUUUAUUCUGAAUAAAAUUGACUUAUUGCUA